ACACAAAACUUGUCAUUUGGCUUUCUAAUCCAGACAUAUGGUGGAACCUGGGGAGGAGAACUGCACUGCUGUGACGGAGUUCAUUCUUCUUGGAUUAUCAGAUGCCCCUGAACUGAGGGUCUUUCUCUCCCUGCUGUUCCUUCUGAUCUAUGGAGUUACAUUUUUGGCCAACCUGGGUAUGAUUGCACUGAUUCAGGCCAGCUCUCAACUUCACACUGCCAUGUACUUUUUCCUCAGCCACCUCUCUUUAGUGGAUUUUUGCUACUCCACGGCCAUUUUGCCAAAGAUGCUGUUCAACAUGUUAAACAAAGAUAAAACCAUCUCCUUCUUGGGAUGCAUGAUACAAUUCUACUUGUUUGGCACAUUUGUAAUUACUGAUGUCUUCCUGCUGGCCGUGAUGGCCUAUGACCGCUUUGUGGCCAUCUGUAGCCCACUGCUGUACAUGGUCACCAUGUCCCAGAAACUCCGAAUGGUGCUGGUUUCUAGCUGCUACCUUGGCGGGACUGUGUGCUCUCUGAUUCACUUGUGUUUAGCUCUUGAGAUCCCAUCCUACAGAUCAAAUGUGAUUAACCACUUUUUUUGUGAUCUGCCCCCUCUCUUAUCUCUUGCUUGCUCUGAUGUCACUGUGAAUGAAUUGUUGGUGUACAUUGUGGCCUCCUUCAUUGAGAUCCUCACCGUUGUGGUCAUCCUAACCUCCUACUUGUUUAUUCUCAUCAGCAUCCUGAGGAUGCGCUCUGCAGAGGGAAGGCGCAAAGCCUUCUCCACCUGUGCCUCCCACCUCACAGCCAUUGUUGUGUUACAGGGAACAAUCCUUUUCACUUAUUGCCGGCCCAGUUCUGGCAACAGUUUGGAUGCUGACAAGGUGGCUUCAGUGUUUUACACUGUAGUGAUUCCCAUGCUGAACCCCCUGAUCUACAGCUUGAGGAACAAAGACGUGAAGGAAGCUCUCAAGAAAGUGCUGGGAUCCAAAUUACUUUGUGAGAAGCUCUUUUCUUAACUAGAUUUAGGAUUUUUUCAGAGAUCUUUAAGGAGGCUUGUUGGAGUGGAUGUUAAAGGAAAGUAAACUGGGGAAGGAUUUACAUGCAGGAAAUCUAUGUAUGCCCCCCACCCAUGUUUCUGUCUUAUUAAAGCCAUGUCAUUUUUAAAUAUUUUUGUGCCUUUAUUUAUUUAUUUAUUUACCUAUAUCCAUUUACUCAUUU